CGCAACAGCAGCAGAGCAGAGCAGAGAAAUCUUCUUCGAACGCUCUCCAAUGGCCAAGAUCCAGCCUCUUCCUGCCGCGGCCUCUUCUUCUCCCUGCUCCGGAGACCAGGAGGGCAGGCAGGCGUACACGGUGUGGAUGAAGUCGCUGAUCUUCAACGGCAACGGCUGCGCGGUGUACGGCCCCGACGGCGCCGUCGCCUUCCGCGUCGACAACUACGGCUGCAGGGGCGGCCGCGAGGUCUUCUUCAUGGACCGUGAGGGGAACUCCCUCAUCAGGAUCAGGCGCAAGGGCUUCGGCAUGUUCAGGAGGUGGGAGGUCUGCCGGUGCGCCCACAACGGCGGCAAGGAGGAGGAGGCCACUCCGUGGUUCAGCGUGCGGCGGGCCGAGAAGGGCGGGGCCGCCGUGGCGAUGCACGGCGGCGCGGGGACGUGCUACACAAUCGACGGGUGCUCUGGCAGCAAGUGGGAGUACAGAGUACGCGGCGUGGAUGGCGCGGUGGUGGCGGAGGUCGCACGGAAGCAGACGCCGGCGGGGGUGGUGCUGGGGGACGACGUGCUGACGCUGACGGUGGCGCCGGAGGUGGAGCACCUGCUAGCUUUGGGUUUGGUCGUGGUGCGUGGCCUCAUGAACCGCUCCAUGUGAUGGAUGCAUGCAUAUGCAUGGAGCGGCAAUCUUCUUCCGUUUUCAUGCGGUUUCAUGUCCAAACUACGAAGUUCCAUGUAGCUGAGCCAGAAAGUUUU